UGAAAGCCGCGCUCAGUAACAGACCCCCCGACCAUCCUCAUCAUCCGCCUUGUCGUGCAGGCCCGUAGGGAUCGCCACAAGAUAUUGGGGCCCUGUUGUGCUAGCUGCUGCACAAACACAUGCACCCCAAAAUAGGCAGAUAUGCAGUAACACGAAGCGGGCGUCCGGAAGCAGCUCACAUCAUCUGGAAGGGGCCUGAGCUCAGGCGCGUUUCCCAAGCAGCUGAUUGCUAUGGUAACUCAUGCUCAAGCAUGGGACAGCUCCAGGGAGAGACGCAUCAGUUAUCUCGCCCGGCCAAAAGUCAAUCAACAGAUCAUCUGCAACAAGGUCUCAGUGUACUGGACAGACAAACCGCCACCCAAGGCUCACAGGUUCACCGUCCCUGAAUCAACCCAAUGGACAAGUGCUAGGGCGGAGCAAACUUCCUUUUGCCCAAUGUCCCCCCCACUCAAGCGCUGCACCUUCCAGAAUCCAGUCGGGAAUGCCGUCCUGUCCCGCUGGCAAGCAGUCUUAACGCCAAGACAGGAAGAACUUUCUCGAUCCAAAAUGAUCUACCGAGGAUUUGAAGAAAACAGGUCCAUUCCAAUAUGGCCAGUGAGUGCCCCCUCCAAGCAUACUGUGGCUUCCCCCAGGGUGAAGGAGCUGGCACGUCCAAAACUGGUCAACAGUGCCUGGAAAAUCGACCGCCCUGUCUACACCACAGUGAGCAAAGGAGCGAGGACUGCUGUGACCCGAGAACGAACCAUUCAUCUGGCUAAACCAAAGAAACGGGACUUCUUAGCCAAGAUGGACGCCUCGUCCACACCUCCACGGAGCAUCGCACAACUCACCAGGACUGAACACUUAGCCCGGCCGAAAACGGAACACCCGUCCUGCCUCCCGGACAAACCAAUCCGGUGGCCUGUGUCCACGGGCGCCAGGAAUGCCGUCAUGUCGGCAAGGCUCUCGGAGCUCGCCCAACCCAAGGUCCGCAAGCAGAUCUUUGAGGGCUACAACCCGUACAGGAUCUCCGGUGCUGCCCUGCAUGCAGAAGCAAGUGUCCGUGUGCAGGAACUCAGCAUCCCUCAAAGAAUAAGAAAAAAGAGGUUGUAAGUUUUGGGCUGCCCUGCACUGACUUGGUCUGUCUUUGCAUGCACAUUAAAUGGU